UUCUUUAUUUGACACUCUAUACCGCAUAAUUGGCAGAAACUGCCCCUUUUUGGUUUUUUUUCGCUUAUUAAAAAUGAUGCCUGGUGAAGCUAUGCUGUUCCUCUUCGCAGUCAUUAUGGCUGCUUUACUGUUAUUUAUGAUGGUAUUUUUUGUCAUUAUGUUCUCAGACUUGGAAUGUGACUACAUCAACCCAAUUGACCUCUGCAACAAACUGAAUCAGUUUGUAUUACCUGAAAUGGGUGCCCAUGCUUUUUUGUUCUUUAUGUUCCUUAUCAAUGGUAGUUGGGUAUCCAUGCUAUUAAAUUUGCCUUUGUUAGCACAUAAUGCGAAUAAAGUUAUAAAUGGUCGACAUAUGUAUGAUGCAACAGAGAUAUUUCGAACAUUAUCGAAGCACAAAAAAGAGUGUUUCAUCAAAUUAGGAUUUUAUUUGAUUUGCUUUUUCUUCUAUUUAUACCGUAUGAUUGUUGCUCUAAUAGCAGCCGAUGCUUAAUCGGUAACAGACCAACAAAAAAUUUUAUCCUUCUGAAAUAAAUAUGUACAAAAGAAGCUUG